AGCGUCCCCGUCGCUGAUUGGCUGCCGGUUGUGCAACAGGAGGCGUAUCCAGCGAGCGGUGUGAAGUAGAGAGUCUCCCCCGCCGGACCGAGUCAUUCUUGGGUAACAGAGUGCAGGGUUGAGAUCGACGUCCCGUGUUGUGAUCUCAAGAUGCAGAGCUGCGCAAGGUCCUGGGGGGCACUCCUCGCCCGGGCGGGGGGCCCCCUCUCUCCCUGCAGACAUCUCAGUGCCAAGACCCGCUUAGUUGGGAAACUUCCUUGCGGGGUCGCGACCCGCCAGGCGGGCGGACCAACGGUCCGGUGUCUAGGGACCCCCGCAGUCCAGUGCCUCGGGACCUCCGUUGUCCGGUGUCUUGGGACCUCCGCGGGCCGGUCCUCCCGGCAGAUUGAUAGGAUGCUGCCCCGGCACGACGACUUCGCCGAGAGGCACAUCGGCCCAGGUGAGAGGGAGAAGAGGGAGAUGCUGGACGCGCUGGGGCUGGAGUCGAUCUCCCAGUUGAUCGAAAACACAAUCCCUGAAGCCAUCCGGAUGUCGAGGAGUAUGAAGAUGGACGAUCCACUUUGUGAGAACGAGGUCUUGGACUUUCUGCAGAAGAUCGCGUCCCAGAACCAGAUCUGGCGGUCCUACAUCGGGAUGGGCUACUAUAACUGCUCGGUCCCCCCGCCCAUCCAGAGGAACCUCCUGGAGAACUCAGGCUGGGUAACCCAGUACACACCCUACCAGCCAGAGGUGUCCCAGGGGCGUCUGGAGUCGCUGCUGAACUACCAGACCAUGAUCUGUGACCUCACAGGGCUGGCCGUGGCCAACGCCUCGCUGCUGGACGAGGCCACCGCCGCCGCAGAGGCCAUGCAGCUCUGCCACAGACAGAACAAGAGGAGGACCUUCUACGUGGACCCGCGCUGCCAUCCGCAGACCAUCGCUGUGGUGCAGACACGAGCAAACUACAUCGGGGUGCAGACCGUGCUCAAGCUGCCCCACGAGAUGGACUUCAGCGGGAAGGACGUGAGCGGGGUGCUGUUCCAGUACCCCGACACGGACGGCCGGGUGGAGGACUUCAGCGCCCUGGUGGACCGCGCUCACAAGGGAGGGGCCCUGGCGUGUUGCGCCACGGACCUGAUGGCGCUGUGCGUGCUGCGCCCCCCCGGGGAGUUUGGCGUGGACAUCGCCCUGGGGAGCUCGCAGAGGUUCGGGGUGCCCCUCUGCUACGGGGGUCCCCACGCUGCCUUCUUCUCCGUCAAGGACAGCCUGGUGCGCAUGAUGCCCGGCCGCAUGGUGGGCGUGACCCGAGACGCGGCUGGGAAGGAGGUGUACCGGCUGGCCCUGCAGACCCGGGAGCAACACAUCCGCCGGGACAAGGCCACCUCCAACAUCUGCACCGCUCAGGCGCUGCUGGCCAACAUGGCCGCCAUGUUCGCGGUGUACCACGGCCCGCAGGGCCUCAAGCACAUCGCCGAGAGGACCCACGGGGCCACCCUGAUCCUGGCUGAAGGUCUGAGGCGGGCCGGCCACCGGCUGCACAGCGAGCUGUUCUUCGACACGCUGAAGGUGGACUGCAGCCUGGCGGCCAAGGACAUCCUGGAGCGGGCCAAUCAGAGGCAGAUCAACCUGCGGGCCUUCUCCGAGGGAGUGCUGGGCGUGUCCCUGGACGAGACGGUGACGGAGAGAGACCUCGACGACCUGCUGUGGGUCUUCGGCUGUGAGUCAUCAGCUGAGCUGAUUGCAGAGAAGAUGAGCGAGCGAGAGAAGGGGCUGAUGGGAAGUCCGUUCAAGAGAACGAGCAAAUAUCUGAGCCAUGCAGUCUUCAACAGCUACCACUCGGAGACCAACAUCGUGCGCUACAUGAAGCGUCUGGAGAACAAGGACAUCUCGCUGGUCCACAGCAUGAUACCUCUGGGCUCCUGCACCAUGAAGCUCAACAGCUCCUCUGAGCUGAUGCCCGUCACCUGGAGGGAGUUCUCCAACCUGCACCCCUUCGUGCCCCUGGACCAGGCCCAGGGCUACCAGCAGCUCUUCAGCCAGCUGGAGAGGGACCUGUGUGAGAUCACCGGCUACGACAAGAUCUCCUUCCAGCCCAACAGCGGUGCUCAGGGAGAGUACGCCGGACUGGCCGCCAUCAAAGCCUACCUGAACUCCCUGGGCCAGACCCAGCGCACGGUCUGUCUGAUCCCCAAGUCGGCCCACGGCACCAACCCAGCCAGCGCCCAGAUGGCUGGCAUGAAGGUCCAGGUGGUGGAGGUGGACAAGGACGGCAACAUCGACAUCGUCCACCUCAAAGCCCUGGUGGACAAACACAAGGCCAGCCUGGCGGCCAUGAUGAUCACCUACCCCUCCACCUUCGGGGUGUUUGAGGAGAACAUCAGCGACGUGUGUGACCUCAUCCACCAGCAUGGCGGGCAGGUGUACCUGGACGGCGCCAACAUGAACGCCCAGGUGGGUCUGUGUCGCCCCGGGGACUACGGAUCGGACGUGUCCCACCUCAACCUCCACAAGACCUUCUGUAUCCCCCAUGGAGGGGGCGGUCCAGGCAUGGGCCCCAUCGGAGUGAAGUCCCACCUGGCGCCCUUCCUGCCCACCCACCCGGUGGUGCCCAUGCAUACUGGGAGCACCAGCAGCUCACUGGGAACCAUCAGCGCCGCGCCCUGGGGCUCCAGCGCCAUCCUGCCCAUCUCCUGGGCCUACAUCAAGAUGAUGGGGUCCAAGGGACUGGCCCAUGCCACUGAGGUGGCCAUCCUCAACGCCAACUACAUGGUCAAGCGCCUGGAAGGCCCCUACAAGAUCCUCUUCAAGGGCCGGAAAGGGUUCGUGGCCCAUGAGUUCAUCCUGGAUGUCCGGUCAUUCAAGAAAACGGCAAACAUCGAGGCGGUGGACGUGGCCAAGAGACUGCAGGAUUACGGGUUCCACGCCCCCACCAUGUCCUGGCCCGUGGCCGGGACCCUGAUGAUCGAACCCACAGAGUCGGAGGACAAGGCGGAGAUGGACCGCUUCUGUGACGCGCUGCUCGGCAUCCGGCAGGAGAUCGCCGACAUCGAGGAGGGCCGCAUGGACGCCCGGGUCAACCCCCUCAAGAUGUCGCCUCACUCCCUGGCCACCAUCUCGUCUUCCAGCUGGGACCGACCGUACUCCAGGGAGCAGGCAGCCUUCCCCCUGCCCUUUAUUCGCCCGGAGACCAAGUUCUGGCCGAGCAUCUCCCGCAUCGACGACAUCUACGGCGACCAGCACCUGGUGUGCACCUGCCCCCCCAUGGAGGCCUACGAGUCCCCGUACGAGGAGAAGAGGGCCUCCUCAUAGACUCUGAGACCCCCCCACUGGGGGGGAGGGGCCCGGCGCCGGCCAGAGGUCCCCCCCCCCCCCCCCUCCGAGAGGAGAACACACCGCCACAUUUCCAAAUCACUGCACAACCGAAAGAUGUGAAGGAGCUGCAUGUUUGAGAUGGCCCCGCCCGUCUGAUCAACCCCCCCCCCCCCCCCCCCCCCCCCCCCCCACCCGUCUGGCCCCCAGUGGGGUCCUCAGUGUUGUAUAAAGUAGCUCCCUGACCUUGAUGUACCAGAUUGAUUUACCUUAGCGGCCAGUAGGGUUUUAAAAUGUAUUUGCUAGUGUAUGAAGAUGAUGUCUAAAGGAGUAUGUUUGUAUAUUAAAUAAGAUUUGUCUUGAUGCUGAAAUAAUUUUUUUAUCAAAUAGUUUUCUAAUCUCAAUUGUUUUCCGUGUGUUAGAGGAAAACUGCUGCAUUAAACUCUGAAACUC